AUGUUAAGCAAACUUAAUGAUUGUGAAAGUUCUGUAGGAUUAGAAUUAGAAUCAGAAAAAAUAAUUGAUGAUGAUGUUGUAUCAAAUUCCACAGUUUCUAUUUCUUCAUCUUCAUCAUCAAGAUAUAGUGGAUUUAUAUCAUGUUCUAAGGAUGUCAAGUCUAAAAUAAAAGGAAUAUUUAGUAGACAUAAUCAAGAUGAACAUGCUAAUUUAGCUCAAGUUGUUGCUUGUAAACGUUGCGCAAAAAAUCCAAUGCUGUUUCUUGCUAAACGUCGACGUAUACGAAACAAAGCCUUAGGAAAUAUGGAUAAUUCAUAUACAGAUGAUAAUGAUGGUUUAGUGGCUUUAACAUUAUCAGAAACAACACUUCCAUUUGAACAUGUAGCUCAAACAUUUGAUGAAUAUGCACGAAAAUUAGAAGAAGCUUUAAUAUUACUAAGAAAUCUGAAACGAGACGAAUAUGAAAGUCAAACAACCCUUAAAAUUCUUUGUUUUAUUGAAAAUUUAAUUCAUCAACCAAAAGAAUGGAUAUCAGGAGCAAAAUUAAAAUUAUCUGAAAUGAGAUUUCCAGAAAUGGCAAUGACUUUAAUGAAUACUUAUAAAGAAAAAGGUUAUUUAGUAAGAAGUGUGGUUUUUGUUCAUAGCAUAUUACUUUAUAAUUCAAUGACUAAUUUUACUGAUUAUGAAUUUGAUAAAGAAGGCCUUAUUAGAAAACAAUCAGCUGAUGCUGGUUUUAUUGAAUUUGCUUGUGAGAUUCUUAGUGAUUCAUCAUAUCGUGAAUCAUUAAGAAAAUAUUAUAUUAUUCAAAGUCCAGAAGAAAUACGACAAAGUGAUGAUUUUAAUAAUUAUCAAAAAAUUUUGUACAUUUGUGAUUCUGCACUUACUAUUCUUUAUAAUUUAGCAAAUUUACCAGAACUUAAAAUUCAUUUUCGAGAAUGCAAAGUAAUGCCUAUAAUUACUGAUUAUACAAAAUUACCAUCAAAUACAAUACAAAUUCAAUUUUCUGAAACAAGUGAAAAUGAAGAGUACUUCGUUAUUAUAAAAGAAUUACAAAAUCUAAGUAGUGCUAUACGUGUUACGUCAUGUUUAUUAUUAACAUUAAUAAUGAAUGAAGAUGAAGAUAAUUUUUUAGCUACAAAUACAUCCGAUGUUAUUCCAUUAUUAUCUGGAAUGAUUCAAAUGUAUAAUAGAAAUAAUGAAAGACAUCAUGGAUUUUCUUUUAUUGAACUUGUCGAUGGUUUAUCGAAAUUAAUGGUUCGUGGUCGUACGCAUGCAUUUAUUGAUCAAGAUCUUAUAAAUCUUCUUCUAAAUAUUCUUGAGAAUUCUGCACAAAAUAAUGAUUUACUUGAAUGUGUAUCAAAUGCAAUAUUAAAUGCUUCAUUUGAUGAAAAAGUUCAGCAACUUCUUGAUUCAGCUCGUGCUAUUCGUAUAAUAACAUUUGCACAAACUAAUAGUCGAAGUCAAAUUGUUCAAAAAAACUGUGAAGCUAUUCUGUGGACUCUUAAUCGUAUUCCACAUAAACGUUGCUCAACAAUUAAUAGUUCAUGUCAACUUCAAGGUCAUAUUAUGAUAUCAUAUAAUCGAUCAGUAAUAGCAAUGUGUUUAAAAAUUCGAGAUCGUCUUAAAGCUUUACACUAUAAUGUGUGGCUUGAUGUUGAUAAUUUAAAUGGUGGUGUUUUAGAAGCAAUGGCGCGAGCUGUUGAAGAUUCAUCUAUUGUAUUAAUUUGUAUGAAUGAACAAUAUAAACAAAGUUAUUAUUGUCGACUUGAAUAUGCAACGGAAUUGAGAAAACCAUGUAUUCCAUGUUUAAUGCAACCACGAUUUCGACCAUACGGAUGGCUGGGAAUUAUUAAAGGAGCGAAAAUUCAUGUUGAUUUUGCAACAUUGUCUUUUGAAGAAGCAUUUGCAUUAUUAAUUCGUGAAAUAGAAACAAUAAGACGAAAUAUUAUGACGAAAAAUAAUCAUAAUAUUACACAAGAUACAACUAACCAACCUCUUUAUCAUCAACAUAGUAUUGGUUUUACUUCUAUUGAUAACAAAAAUGUUGAUAAUGUCAAACUAUCAGAACUGAAUAGUACAUCUCCGAUUGGAAAAGAAAAUAAUGUUGUUAUGGAUUGGGAUGUACCUGCGGUUAAACAAUGGUUAGAACAUGUUGGAUUAUUGCAUUUAGAAAAUGCUUUGAUAGAUGUUGAUGGAAAAUUACUCUGUCGAUUACAUACAAUGAAACAGUUAGCUGCAAAUUCAUAUUAUAAAUUUCUUGAUAAGUAUUUCGAUCGCAUUCAAACAGCACGAAUGAGUGACACACUUAAGUUUGAUCAUGAACUUGAAUAUCUUUUUCAAUAG